UUCAACACUAUUAAUCAAAUUUGUUUCUUCUUGUUACUUUUAAAAUAUUUUGCUAUGCAAACGUAUGUACACAUGUGUACAAAAAUGUUUAAAUGCAAAUUCAUAUUUUCGAAACCACAAUUCAUUGAUGUCACUGCACUGAAAAAUCGCAACCAACACCGAUUUUUUAUUAAACUGACAACUUGGUAAUCAAAUACUCGUAAAAGGAGUUACAAGGUAAUACAGUAGACGCCACGGAUAUUUUAAAGCUCGCACCGUCUUGGAGCAAUGUGGCAAUAAAGUCCCCAACACAACACCGAAUAGUUGUCUCUUCGUCUUCCUCAUCUGCUGGAGGCGGUAGUGCAUGUAGUGCUAGUGGUAUGGUAGGAAACGUUGGUAUUUCCGGUCGUGCUUUUGACGGUGGACGACCCAGAGUGAGUGGCAUUACUACAACGUCGACCUCAUCAAAAAAAAAUAUCGAUAAUGCGAAAGAUUCGGCAUCAGCGGAUGCGGGUGCAGGCACGGCUAGAAGCGGCGGCACGGCCACAGUAAGCACAGAUGACGAAGCCAAAG